AUGACAGAUUUAGAUAAAAUACUCGGUGAAUUGCAACUGGAAGUGGAAGAACUCACUGCGGAUCUCGAGCGCAGUGCCAGUCAAGAACAGAUGCAAGAAUAUUCAUUUAAUAAGGAUCGAGACUCUCAAGAAAGUCAAUAUUCAUUAAUAACAUCAACGACCAACUCUAGUGUUAUGUCCACUGACUCGUCGGGAACUUCACCAGACAAAGAACGUCACACCGAUCAUUCCUUCGAAUUUAGUAUAGAAUUAAUGCAAGAAGAACUGAUCAAGUUAAACUCAAGUCUCAAUAAACGCCCAACCUAUGCCUCUACUAAUCCACAAUCUUCACAAACGCAAUUCAACGUAUCCCCCUCAAACGCUGAUAUUGGACUUCAAAAGUCAUCUCAUCCCCGCCUGCCAGCUCUCCAAACAAUAUUUUCAUCCACCAUAUCAAGCCCCGGACAAUCUACAGCCUCCUCACCUAUAUCAGCAUCAACCACAACGACUUCCUCUCCAGUAUCUCCAAAUGGCGAUAACAAUGUCUUCCGGAAUAUUGGAAAAAAUACAGACAAUACAUCUCCUGAUGCUUUGGUUCCUAAUAUAACGGCUUUGGCCGGUUUCGGGUCGAUAUCACCUGCGGAAAGUCCACCCAUAUCAUUAACCUCGUCUCCGAGAUUAGGUGCUCGUACCGUUUCCACUCUUUGGAAUGACAGCGAGGAUGAAAGUGAAAACGAAAGCGAUUCUGACUCAUCUUCUGAUAGUGAAUCAGAGACUGAUAGUGACGAUAGCGGUAGCAGCGAUUUCAACCCACUAUCGUUAUCUCGAAAACGAGUGUCAAAACCCGUUUCAGAUAAGUCAGGCGAUGCAGCGAAUACAAACAGAAUAAGGCGAAGUGUAACAAAUGGACAUAGACAGUCUCCGCCAAACAGAGGAGCGUCGCCUGCACCUAGUCCGAAUAAUUCUUCGAACCAGACAGCUGUAACUCCAACUGGUGCAAAAAUCACAAGAAAAGGGACUACCGCUCGCGGUUUAGGGAGUAGAGUCAGAGUAAAACCAGCAUCGCAACCAUCGUCUGCAAGAUUAUCAAAAGACCCUCUCCCUCCAACUCCUGUACUGCCCAAAUCUUACAUUGAUAGUGAAAAAGAGCCAAAUCGAAUUCGUGAACAAGAAGUGGAUUCACGUCAAUCUCUUCCGCGUGGACGAGUUGCUGACAACUACACCAAAGGGCGUUCUAAAUCUCGUGAUCCUACGUACGAUAGAGAAUCGUCUAAUCCAAGCACACGGGGUCGUGAAUUGGAAGCAAGAGACCCCAAUAAAUAUCAGGGUCAACGAAAAUCUACAGAAAGACGCUCUGUCACUUCAGAAAACGACCCAAGACAGCUUUCCGGACGUCGUGCAUCUCCAACGCGGGGACGGCCAAUCGAUAGAAACGAUCGCUUAACCGAUAGAAGCGAUCGCCCAAGCGAUAGAAGCGACCGCCAUCAUCCAAACGACGACACAACGGUAUCGAGAUCUCGUUCUGUCAAUCGCGAUCAAGGGAAUCGUGGGCGAUCUAGGUCGCUUGCUCGAAACUCUUCACCAAAGCCCAGCCGUCCGCUCAAUCAAUCUCGUUCUCGUACGCGCGAUGAUGACAGAGGUCGCUCUGGCGAUCGCUCAACCAACGUUGAGCGUAGUCGAUCCAAGUCUCAAUCCCGUGUCAAUGGCAAAUCUCGAACACCAGGCGGAGAAGUUAUUGAUAUGGAUUUUGAGAAAGAGAGGGAUAAGGUCCUGGAGCGGAAUAAAAAUAGCGAAAAUAAAGAAAAGUCGAUAGAGAGAAGCAAAACACGUAGAGAGAAGAAAUCUGAACAGGCUGAUAAAGAAAUCAAGAUUACGACAAGAAUUUACAUUGGUGAUAUCCGUCAGUUCAAGACUCUUGCAUUGACUUCAAAGAUGAAUGCACUUUCCGUUCUCAAGUAUUUAAAACGAAAGCAAGCUGUUCCGGAUAGCGAUGAAUGGACGCUGUUUGAAUUGGUUAAUGAUUUGGGAUUGGAACGACCAUUGCGAGAUUGGGAAAUAGUAACCAAUGUUAUCAAUACGUGGGACACUUCUCGCACUACUAAUGCGCUAGUAUGUAAGACGUAUGCUUACAGACACACGUUGACCGUCGAGGGCUUGAACAACGGCGUACCUCCAUUGUUUGGAUGGCUUCACCUUAAAUUAAGAAAGAAUAAGUGGGAGAAACGAUACAUUUAUCUUCGAGACGGGGCGAUAUAUCACGCUAAAGAUGCAAAGGGAGGAAACGAGACUUUUCUCUGUACUAUCGCAUCGUUUGAUGUGUAUACAAUAACGAAACCGCUCAAGAGGGCACCGACAAAGUUUGCAUUUGCUUUAAAAUCUCAGGAUAGAGUAACAAUGUUUGAAAGCCCGGAACAGGACUAUGUACACUUUCUUUGUGCGGAGCAUAUGGAAAAGAUGAAAGAUUGGGUACUAAGUAUACGAAAUGCAAAGGCACAAUUAUUACUGGAAGAAAGACCGGAAUUAUUCCAAGCUUGCGUGGCAAAAGAAGACAUAUUGUCACCAACUGUCACAUCUCCGCAAUCAGACAAGACGGCGGGAUUGGCAAAGGGGUCGAAUAAUGAAGGCUUUCAAACAAAUGGUGAAGGAGUAACCUCCUCAGCAUCAGACCAAUGGGCUACGCUUCGUCGUGCAGUCAGAUACCAGCCUGGUAAAUCUAGUCGGAAAUUUGACUUUUCCGACAAUGCUGUAUCAGUUCCGCCUGCCGUUGGCGAUGAUGGUAACAAGAAAUCAGAAGCAAACAAUGGAAAUUUUGACGCGGCAGUAUUUAAACCAGGCUCAUUACUAUCAUACGAUGAAAAGAACCCUCCGUUGAAGCAAGUAGAACAAGAAGAAGUCUCUUGGGCCAAAGGAUCCCUCCUGGCUUCAAGUGACGCUAUUAAUGAGCAGAAAGAAAAAGAACGAAGAGAAGAGCGAUGGAAAGAGCGAGAAAGAGCAGGGAAUGGCACGACGUUAGUUCACCUCAAUAAUGGCGUUCAGUUUAAUAAAGGUUCAUUACUUGACAAAUCCCGUUCGGACAAUGCACCAUCUCACAAUGGUACAUUCCUUAAUAUCCAUGAAGAGCGAACGUUCUCGAAAGGCUCAUUGUUGGCCCAAAAGAAAAAGUCUGUUGAAAACCUAUCUUCAAACCGCUCGCGAUCCGAACGACAACCUAAUGGACCGCUGCUCUCAAUUGAUCAUCCUACACAUCAUCAAUCGCGCUCUCAAACUGGGUUCACCACUCAUUCUGGAAACGGGCCUCUUUUGACUUUAGAUCUACCGCCUUCGCAGCACCGGACUCCACAUAACGUGAUAUCUCCCACGUCUCCUGGAAGCACUCUCUUACAGUUAGAUCUUAAGCAUGAUGCUCAGCAUACAUUGGCACUCAGGAGCAAGGAUAUUAAGCCGCUGGUCAGUUUUGUACCCGGGGAGAAAUCGGAAGGCAGGGAGACCAAGAGAGAGCAAGGGAAAACUUUGGUUACAUUUAAUAACGGAAAGGAAGGAUAUGAUGAUAAUGAGUAUAGCAGUGAGGCAGAAUCUACGGAUGAAUAA